AAUUAGGAGAAUUUUAGGGCACUCUUAUCAGGCUCCUAAAGGGGUUUCCCUAGGGGAAAGGCCCUGAGAGCCAGCCGGGGGUCACUCCUCCCAGCCCCUCCCUUCUCCAUCCCUGGGGAGGGGCACCACCUUGGCCACGCCCCACCCCCCACCCCCCAGGGGCUGGGCAGGAGCUUUGCUGGGGACCUUGCCCUGGCUUAGGUGGCGGCUGUGGGCGGGCCCCUGGCCUUUCCAGCUCAGGCCUCCCCCAGCAUUCUAGAGCCUGAAGCCACCGCCUUUGCUGCUGCCACUGCAGGGCUGUCACCUCUCCUUCUCAGCCUCUGACCACUUGCUGCACCCCACCCCCAACCCAGCUGCUCCUGUCACCUGGCCAUGACCUCGGCCCCCCCAGGGACCCUGGCCCAGCCCUGAGCCCUGGAACCCCUAUCCCCUCCCCUGGGCCAUGGCCAACUCAGGUCUUCAGCUCCUGGGCUACUUCCUGGCCCUGGGUGGCUGGGUGGGCAUCAUUGCCAGCACAGCGCUCCCGCAGUGGAAGCAGUCCUCCUACGCAGGCGAUGCCAUCAUCACCGCCGUGGGCCUCUACGAAGGACUCUGGAUGUCCUGCGCCUCCCAGAGCACCGGUCAGGUGCAGUGCAAGCUCUAUGACUCGCUGCUUGCCCUGGAAGGUCACAUCCAGUCAGCGCGAGCCCUGAUGGUGGUGGCCGUGCUCCUGGGCUUCGUGGCCAUGGUCCUCAGUGUCAUCGGUAUGAAGUGCACCCGGGUCGGAGACAGCAACCCCACCGCCAAGGGCCGAGUGGCCAUCGCUGGGGGUGCCCUAUUCCUCCUGGCAGGCCUCUGCACUUUGACGGCCGUCUCGUGGUAUGCCACACUGGUGACCCAGGAGUUCUUCAACCCCAGCACACCCGUCAACGCCAGGUACGAGUUUGGUCCAGCCCUGUUUCUGGGCUGGGCCGCCGCCGGCCUGGCCAUGCUGGGCGGCUCCUUCCUCUGCUGCACGUGCCAGGAGCCCGAGAGAUCCAACAGCAGCCCGCAGCCCUACCGGCCCGGCCCCACGGCGGCUGCCCGAGAGUAUGUCUGAGCCCCGCGCAGCAUCCGCCGGCCCCUGCCAGCACCCCGGGCGGGGCCAGGAGGGCGCAGGGUGUCCCCCCAGCUCGGUUAGGUUCUGAGCAACUUGUCCCCAACCCAGGCACCCACCCUGCGCUCUGAGACUCAGACCCAGACACUCAGAGAGAGGUGGGAGGCAGGCCCCAGCCCUCAGGCGCACACGCACGGCCGGCACAGGUGCAAGCACGGCACGGACCUGUCCACACCCCGGCCAGCUGCAGUCCCUUUCACGACCACUUAUUUACUCACUGACAGGCUGUGUGAGUGUCUUCUCUGUGCUGGGCCUCGAGGACACAGCAGUAAAGACAAGCUGGGUGCCCAGUGCCCUGGGGUGACCAGAGCCCAUCGCCUCCCCCGGCCCAUGGACUCCUCACAGCAACCCCACGGAGGCAGUGCCGGGGGACCAAUGUCCCCCACUUACACACGAGGAAACAGGUUCAGAGAGACCAGAAGGCCUGGCCCUGCUGCCUCUGAAUUCAGGUUUUGCAGUAUGUCUAGUACUGCAUGGACAUCCACACAGAUGGCUAAGCCAGGCCAUGUCACCCCUGCCCCAGAAAUGGGCCCCGGCAGGGCUGCUGUGAGCCGCAUUGGCCAGUCCCUGGGUCCGUGCCUGAACCCCAUAGCCCCUGCCACCCCCCACUGCCUGCUGCUCCCCCCGCUAACCAGCUCUCCUCUCUUUUGACUUUCAGACCAGUUGUUAAAUUGUCUGCCUCCACCAAGGGCCCCCUGGGUGUGUAAUGUCCAGGUUCCCCAGCCUGGCUCUGUCCCACUGCCACACCUAGACCGGGUGCUUGGUAUCUUUUGGAAAGAAAAGUGAACAUCCA